UGUAUUUCCAGGUCAUUGUGUAAGUAAACUCCGAGCAACAGUGGGACUGAGCACAGCAGUUGUUUAUGGUUCGCCGUAUCGAUCUCCAGGUACAUUGCCAAGCCAUAAAACAGUUAUAAACCGUGGCACAGUAUCUCAUAAAUUCAGCAUAGAGGUUUUACAGAAUAUUAAUUAGUAUAAACUUCAUUAGGAGACUAUACUAGAGACUUCGUUACUAACUCGAGUGAUACUUCAUAUCAUCAACACGGUAUAUUACGACAAGAAAUUAAUGCGAGCUCAAAUAUAAUAUACCACUUUGGAUAUUAAGCAAUGGCAGAUGGAAGUAACGGUGAUUCGUUUCCUGAAAUAGUUGAAUUAAACGUUGGAGGAGUAUUUUAUACGACAUCAUUAUCUACGCUUAUAAAGGAGGAUAAUUCACUUCUGGGACAAAUAUUUACAGGAAAAGCUAAAAACUAUCUUGCGAAAGACUCCAAAGGAAAAUAUUUUAUUGACAGAGAUGGUGUGUUGUUUAGAUAUAUUCUGGAUUAUUUGCGCAAUCAAAAACUAGUUCUCCCGGAAAAUUUUCACGAAAAAGACCGAUUAAAAUCCGAAGCGGAACAUUUCUUAUUGCCGGGAAUGGUUAAAUGUAUCACGUCGCAACCAGCAACGAAUAAUAAAACCCCAAAUGGCCCCAUUGUGAAUAGUGUCUCCAAUUCCAAAUCGACGACUGAUCCAUCAUCAAAAGCAGGAGUUAUCACGCUUGGAUAUAGAGGCACGUUUGCCUUUGGUCGAGAUGGCCUUGCAGAUGUGAAAUUCCGGAAAUUGACCCGUAUUCUGGUUUCUGGCAAAGUCUCGUUAUGUCGAGAAGUGUUUGGCGAGAGUUUAAACGAGAGUAGAGAUCCAGAUCGAGGCAGCAUUGAUAGGUACACAUCCCGGUUUUUCCUGAAGCACACCUUCAUGGAGCAAGCUUUUGACCUGUUGUUUGAGAAUGGUUAUGAAUUAAAAGGAUGCUGCGGAACCGGGACAAACGGUGCCGGUGAGCUAAAACCCGGCAUGGAUUCAGAAGAAAAUAGAUGGCAACAUUACAAUGAAUUUAUUUUUUACAGACAUUGAGAUAUAUCAAGAAAUACAGUGUAUAUAUAAAUUAAGGGGAUUCAGACAUACUGUAGGUUGUACAUUGUAUUAAGCAUUACCAUCACAAUUACGCAUGCGCUUUUAGCUAUAGAGAUAAUCGUUAAUUUUACUAACGAAUACCACUGUAUGAUCGUGAUGACUACACGUAAUCGAGGGGAUAAUAUUGUGAAUGCUCAAGUUAAGUUGCAUCAUACGUUGGAUACAGUAAUGUAAACAUGUCACGUCGAACUAGAGGUUGUCUUGAUAUUUGAGAACACCGUAUCUAAAUAGACAUUUGGGAGACUGUAUUAAAACUAUUCAUAGUGAAUAUUUGUAAAUAGACAUCAUCUACAAUACAUAGUAGCAUUAGCACUGUAGGUAUUACCACUUACUGUUCAAACGAAAACCUAAUGGAAUAAUUCCGAUGUUGAAUCUUCUGUGGAGGGGAUUCUUGCCAUAUAGAAGGAUACGAACAGUAAUACAAACCCUGUGAUAUAUAGCCAUAUACCAUCUAACCAUGAAAUACGCUUAUAUGGAUGAAAGGAUAGUUUCGAUAUCGAAAGCGAAAGUUUCGUUUAGUAAAUUAAGU